UCUUUUUUUCAGAAAUCACCAUGAGGCUCAUUAUUUUAGCAGCAUGUGUUUGUAUGGCCGUGUCGGCCCCAGCAGUUCAGGAAAGGGGUCUAUUGGACUCUCUCACCAGCCUGACUAGUGGAACUGGAAUUGGUUCAGCCUUGAAGGUUAUUGAUGCUUUCGGAAAAGUUUCUCAACUCAUAUCGGAUCUGAAGAACAUUGCACCAGAGGCCCAUAAAGCUUUAAACAGCAGUAUAGCCGAUAUUAAAAAUAGUAUGGGUAACAUUGUUACUGAUAUUACUAAAGCUAUUGAAAGUGGAACUACAAAAUCAGUGCAAACUCGGGGACUACUCGACUCUCUCACCAGUUUAACAAGUGGAACUGGAAUUGGAUCAGCCCUGAAAGUUAUUGAUGCUUUCGGUAAAGUUUCCCAACUCAUAUCGGAUCUGAAGAACAUCGCACCAGAAGCCCAUAAAGCACUAAAUAGCACUAUUGAAGAUAUCAAAAAUAGCAUGGGUAACAUUGUUACUGAUAUUACUAAGUCUAUUGAAGGUGGAGCAACAAAAUCAGUUCAGCGAAGAUUUCUUCUAGACACCAUCGCCAACUUGACAAGUGGAUCUGGCAUUGGAUCAGCUUUCAAAGUUCUGGAUGCUUUCAGUAAAGUUUCUCAGCUAAUAACUGACUUAAAGAAGAUCGUUCCAGUAGCAAAUCAAGCUUUGAAUAAUAGUGUUGAAGCUAUUAGAAAUAGUAUACCUGGAAUCGUAGGAGAAAUUACUAAAGCGAUCCAACAUGCAUCUAACAAAACAGUACAAACCCGAGGACUACUAGACUCCCUCUCCAGCUUGACGAGUGGAACUGGAAUUGGAUCAGCCUUGAAAGUUAUUGAUGCUUUCGGUAAAGUUUCUCAACUCAUAUCGGAUCUGAAGAACAUCGCACCAGAAGCACACAAAGCCUUAAAUAGCAGUAUAGCCGAUAUUAAAAAUAGUAUGGGUAACAUUGUUACUGAUAUUACUAAAGCUAUCGAAGGUGGAGCAACAAAAUCAGUACAAACCCGAGGACUACUAGACUCCCUCUCCAGCUUGACGAGUGGAACUGGAAUUGGAUCAGCCUUAAAAGUUAUUGAUGCUUUCGGCAAAGUUUCUCAACUCAUAUCGGAUCUGAAGAAUAUCGCACCAGAAGCCCAUAAAGCUUUAAAUAGCAGUAUAGCCGAUAUUAAAAAUAGUAUGGGUAGCAUUGUUACUGAUAUUACAAAAGCUAUUGAAGGUGGAACUACACAAUCAGUUCAACGAAGGUUUCUAUUAGACACCAUUGCCAACCUAACAACUGGAACUGGUAUUGGGUCCGCUUUUAAAGUUUUGGAUGCUUUCGGUAAAGUUUCGCAGCUUAUAACUGACUUAAAGAACAUCGGCCCAGUAGCAAAUCAAGCUUUGAAUAAUAGUGUUGAAGCCAUUAGAAAUACCAUACCUGGAAUUGUAGGCGAAAUUGUUAAAAGUAUCCAAAAGGCGACUAACAAAACAGUACAAACUCGGGGACUAUUAGACUCUCUCACCAGUUUAACAAGUGGAACUGGAAUUGGAUCAGCCUUGAAAGUUAUUGAUGCUUUCGGUAAAGUUUCUCAACUCAUAUCGGAUCUGAAGAACAUCGCACCAGAAGCCCAUAAAGCUUUAAAUAGCAGUAUAGCCGAUAUUAAAAAUAGUAUGGGUAACAUUGUUACUGAUAUUACUAAAGCCAUUGAAGGUGGAGCAACAAAAUCAGUUCAAACUCGAGGAUUAUUAGAUUCUCUUACCACUAUGACAGAUGGAACUAAGCUUGGAUCAGCAAUGAAAGUAAUAGAUGUUUUCAGCAAAGUUUCUCAACUGAUAACUGAUUUAAAGAACAUCGCACCAGAAGCUCACCAAGCAUUAAAUGGUAGUAUUGAAGACAUUAAAAAUAGUUUUGGUCAUAUUGUUACUGAUAUUGCUAAAACCAUUGACGGUAAUAAAAAUGCAUAAGCCAGA